AUGUCAGACUAUCUCUGUGUCCUUCUGUCUCUCCACAGGUUCUUCCUGCAGCCCUCCAUUGCCCCAGGAUCUCUCUGCUCCCCCAUCUCACCAGCCACACCAACGGGCACAGGAGUCUGUGAUGGAAAUGAGGAGAUAGAGAGCAGGGAGAAACCAGGAGCUGCCGAGCAGUUGCCCUCUGCGUUGUCUCUGCCACUGGGAUGCCAACUGUCUUUCCAGGAGGGGGCACAUGAGCCCUCCCCUGGAGAAGACCUCCUGCCUCCUGGGAAUGGAGGUGGGAUUCCAGAGCAAAUGGAGCCCCCCUCCCAGGAAUCAGCAUCAAAACUAGUGAUGGGAGAGCUCACCCACCCCACAAUCAUCAAGACAUCUCAGGAGCAGUGUGACAUCAAAGUUCCAGCAAAGGGCAGAGGAGAGGAAAACAGGGCAGAUGGACAACUGCCAGAUGCCACCCACUCUGCCUGUGCCCAGGAAGACCCACCCCAUCACUUAUACCCUGAAGUCAUUGUGAGGGAGAGUCCUGCACAUUUUAAAAAGAUCCAUGGCCAGAAAUGGAGGCUGCUGGAGAGAGUGAAGCUGGGUGAAAUAAGGGUACCUUCCCCAGAGCCAUGCAGUGGGGCCAGUAACAGCAGUGCCCCUGGAGAUCCAGGCACCCUGGCCUUCACCAAGGUGUUUUACAAGGUUCAUCUUGGUAAAUGUACCAUCAGUAAACCUCUUCCUAUUCUUCAUAAGUAUUUUCAGCCAGGAGACUUCAUCAUUGCUGGCAUUACUUCUCAAAUCUACAUCUUUUCCAGUUCUAUUAGCUUUUCACAUCAUCCUUCCCAUGAAAAUAUUGAUGACCUUGAGGUAUUGCUUCAGAACUACCAGCACAUUCUGCUCUUGGAAUUUGCUAUAAAGGAGAUCAAUGACAAUCCAUACAUCUUACCCAAUAUCACCCUGGGCUUCCAUAUCUAUAAUAAUCGUUUCAGCGCAACCUCAACCUAUCGUGCUUCAGUGGACCUUCUUUCCACACAGAACAGAUUCAUCCCUAACUACAAGUGUGAUGUGCAGACUAAUCUGGUAGCAGUCAUUGGGGGACCUAACUCUGACAUUGUACUCCAUAUGGGAGACAUUUUGGGCAUUUACAAGAUUCCACAGCUCACAUAUGGCUCUGCUCCAGUGGUGAACAAUAACAUGCGAAGUAUUUUCUUCUAUCAGAUGUUCCCAAAAGCUUCCCUUCAAUAUAUGGGGAUUCUCAAAUUAUUGCUGCAUUUCAGGUGGAGGUGGAUUGGAGUAUUGUAUGUGAACGAUGACACUGGACAAAGAUUUAUUCAGACUGUGCUUCCAAUGUUUACUCAGAGUGGCAUCUGCUUUGACUUCAUAGAAAGAUGCCCAAAGCAAUCCUUUUCAAGUGAGAUUGAAAAAAUGGUGGUGGAAGUAAUGGCAAUAUGCAGAAUUAUCAUGAGCAGCACUGCCAAGGUGUUAAUAGUAGAUGGAGAAACAGGUACUAUGGUUAUGAUAAGGAUAUUGAUGAGAGUUUCAGAAUUUGAGAAUGCACCAUCAAAGACCAAAGGUAAAGUUUGGAUUUUGACAGCCCAAAUAGACUUCACAUCAUUUUCCUUUCAAAGGAGUUGGGAUAUACACUUCCUCCAUGGUGCCAUAUCUUUUGCCAGUCACUCAAAGGAGUUGCUGGGAUUCCAGAAAUUUCUUCAGAUGAGAACCUAUACCACAAACAACAAAGAUAGCUUUAUGAGAGAGUUCUGGGAACAAGCCUUUAGCUGUUCAUUCCCCAACUCUGUGGUAAACAGGGAGAUUGAGACAGUCUGCACUGGGCAGGAGAAGCUGGAGACUCUUCCUGGAUCUGUUUUUGAAACGGGCAUCACAGCUCACAGCUACAGCAUCUACAAUGCUGUCUACGCUGUGGCCCAUGCAUUGCAUGCCAUGCAUUCGUCCAAGUUGAAACACAGAUCAAUGAGAGUUCCAGAGCACUGGACUCUCUGGGCGCUCCAUGACUUUCUGAAACUUGUCUCAUUUAACAACAGCGCUGGAGAAAAGGUUUUGUUCAAUCGGAAUAGGGAAUUAGUAGCUGGAUUUGAUAUUAUAAACUGGAUAACAUUCCCAAACCAUUCCUUUCUUAGAUCAAAAAUUGGAAGGAUAGACCCAAAGCUUCCCCAAGAUAAAAUGUUCACCAUAGUUGAGAAUGCGAUUGUAUGGCCCAGCAGGUUUAACCAGUCACAGCCCCUUUCUUUGUGUAAUGACAACUGCUUUCCGGGUUAUAGAAGGGCAAAGAGGGAAGGGAAGCCAUUUUGCUGCUAUGAUUGUCUUCCAUGUCCAGAAAGGGAAAUUUCAAACCAAACAGAUAUGGAUAAUUGUUUUCAAUGUUUAGAUGAUCAUUAUUCUACCAAAGACCAAGAUGCAUGCAUUCCCAAAAAUAUUAGCUUCUUGUCAUAUGAAGAACCUAUAGGAAUUGGUUUGGCCAUGCCGGCUAUUUCAUUUUCUGUCAUCACAGCUUUCGUAAUUUGGACCUUCAUUAAGCACCAAGACACUCCCAUAGUCAAAGCGAAUAAUCGGGACCUGACCUACACUCUUCUCAUCUCCCUCCUGCUCUGCUUUGUUAGUGCAUUACUAUUCAUUGGCCAACCACAGAAAGUGUUGUGUCUCUUUCGACAAACUGCUUUUGCUGUCAUCUUCUCUGUUGCUGUUUCUUGUGUGUUGGCCAAAACCAUCAUUGUGGUUUUAGCAUUCAUUACCAUCAAACCAGGUUCAAGGAUACGGAAAUGGGUGGGGAAACAACUGGGCAGGACAAUUGUUGUUCCUUGCUCCCUGGUUCAAGGUGCUAUUUGUACUGUGUGGCUUGCAACCUCUCCUCCAUUCCCAGAUUUUGUCAUGAGCGCAUUGGCUGAAGAAAUUGUACUGGAAUGUAAUGAAGGGUCAGCAGCCAUGUUUUUCUGUGUACUGGGCUACCUGGGUUUCUUGUCCAUUAUUAGUUUUGCUGUAGCCUUCCUAGCCCGGAAGUUACCCGACACUUUUAAUGAAGCUAAGUUCAUUACCUUCAGCAUGCUGGUGUUUUGCACUGUUUGGUUGUGCUUUGUUCCAUCUUACCUGAGCACCAAGGGAAAAUAUACAGUCGCUGUGGAGAUCUUCUCCAUCAUAGCCUCCAGUGCUGGCUUGCUGGCUUGCAUUUUUUCUCCCAAAUGCUAUAUUAUUUUGCUGAAGCCUGAACUGAACAACAAAAGACAAUUAAUGAGAAGAAAGUUUGCUUGUUUUUAA